CCGUGCAUCAGAAGGAUGGGCUGAACGACGACGACUUCGAGCCUUACUUGAGCCCUCAGGCCCGGCCGGCUGCAGGAACUCUGAGCUUCACGCAGCACAGGAAGUUUUCCAGCGUGUCGUGCAAUGAACCAAGCAGCGUUACCAGCCCCAAACCUGUUGCUUUCCUUUGACUCAGUGGAUGGUGGAGAGGUAAAAGUGCUGUUUCUGGAGGAGGCCAGAGCCAUCUUGGGAGCCUCCAUAGGCUUCAGUAUGGUGUGAAGUCCUGUGGGAGCUGCGCCUGGCGCACGAAAACGUGAUUCAACAAAAAAUGGAGCAGAGCUGCUGCGAGCCAGGCUCUUAAAUGGGAACCCAAGCUGACUUUUCAUCUCAUCUGCAUCGGGUUGGCAUGUAAGCUGCUGUGUAGCACAAGGCUGUCUGCACACGGGUUCACGUUACUGGAUGAUAAUGUCCAUUAGUGUGGCUUGAACAGCUCCCCGGGGGGAUGUUGGUUUGAAUGCUGAAUGACAGAUGUUUUUCAUGUAAGUGAACCUUAGUCAUGUCUGAGAGUUUCCUAAUUGUAAAAUUAAACAUUUGUUUUCGUAACCUGAAGGCUAUUUGGAUGUUAAAAGGGAGACCAAAGCCUGCUUUGCUGUGCUGCAGAGGUCCCUGUGCUGCAAAGGGCUCCCAGUGCAGCACUACUGACUGCUCUCUGUUUUCAGGUAUUUUUGAGUGUGUGCUUGCAGCGCUGGAGCAGCUGGCGUUCUGGCAUUAAAUCCUGUUUUGUUUGCAAGUUCUUGGGUGUUUGGAGCUUUCAAAUUGUGGAUUGUCAGGAUAAAGCUGUAGGAAGUGCAAGGAAGGGGCUUGUGCUAAGAGCAGCGAGGGAUGUUUGUGGUUUUGGCAGUGCAGUGCCACUGGACCUUUGCCCUCCGUAUUGCCCUUCUCCACCUCCUUCCUCCAAGCCCUUCAUCAAACACCCAGCAAAAUAAGCUGUGAGACGUGCAUUACCCAGAACAAUGCAUACACUGCAAUGUCCGAUUCCUACUUACCAAACUACUACAGCCCCUCCAUUGGAUUCUCCUACUCGCUGGGUGAGGCUGCCUGGUCCACGGGGGGCGAUCCCCCCAUGCCCUACCUAACCUCUUACGGACAGCUGAGCAACGGGGAGCCUCACUUCCUCCCAGAUGCCAUGUUUGGGCAGCCAGGGGCCCUUGGCAGCACUCCGUUCCUCGGGCAGCACGGCUUUAACUUCUUUCCAAGCGGGAUUGACUUUUCGGCUUGGGGGAAUAACAGUUCUCAGGGACAAUCCACUCAAAGCUCUGGCUACAGCAGCAAUUACGCCUAUGCCCCCAGUUCCCUGGGGGGGGCCAUGAUCGACGGACAGUCCGCUUUUGCCAGCGAGACUCUCAACAAGGCUCCAGGGAUGAACACCAUUGACCAGGGGAUGGCAGCCCUGAAGCUGGGCAGCACGGAUGUGGCCAGCAACGUCCCCAAGGUUGUGGGUUCGGCCGUCGGGAGCGGAUCCAUGACCAGCAACAUGGUGGCAUCUAACAGCUUGCCUCCGGCCACGAUCGCUCCCCCGAAGCCGACGUCCUGGGCUGACAUCGCUAGCAAGCCAGCUAAGCAGCAGCCCAAGCUGAAGACCAAGAACGGCAUGGCAGGUUCGAGUCUUCCCCCGCCUCCGAUCAAACACAACAUGGAUAUAGGAACUUGGGAUAACAAAGGGCCGGUGACGAAAGCCCCCUCGCAGACCUUAGUGCAGAACGUGGCCCAGCAGCCCCCCCAGGCCUCCCCCCAGCCCGCGGCUCAGCAGAUGAACAGCAGCCCUCCCGCGGCCCAGGCUCCCGGUGGGCAGCAAUCCCAGCCUCUGCCCCCUCCGCCGCCCGCCCCGCUGCCCGUCCCGCAGCCGGCAGCUCAGCCCGCGCGUUGGGUCGCACCCCGCAACCGCGGCGGCGGCGGCGCCUUCGGCCAGAACGGCACGGAGGGCAGCGGGGUGGCAACGGCGCAGCCCGGCGCUGGGACGGCUCCUUCGGAACCUCACCCGGUGCUGGAGAAGUUGAGGUCCAUCAACAACUACAACCCCAAGGAUUUUGAUUGGAACCCGAAGCACGGCCGGGUUUUCAUCAUUAAGAGUUACUCUGAGGACGAUAUCCACCGUUCCAUUAAAUACAACAUCUGGUGCAGCACAGAGCACGGCAACAAGAGACUGGACGCUGCCUACCGCUCCAUGAAUGGGAAGGGCCCCGUUUACUUACUGUUCAGCGUCAACGGUAGCGGUCACUUCUGCGGAGUAGCAGAAAUGAAAUCUGCUGUGGACUACAACACGUGUGCGGGUGUGUGGUCCCAGGACAAGUGGAAGGGACGUUUUGAUGUCAGGUGGAUUUUUGUGAAGGACGUUCCCAACAGCCAGCUGCGGCACAUCCGCCUAGAGAACAACGAGAAUAAACCAGUGACCAACUCCAGGGACACUCAGGAGGUGCCUCUGGAAAAGGCUAAGCAGGUGUUGAAAAUCAUUGCCACCUACAAGCACACCACGUCCAUCUUCGAUGACUUCUCACACUAUGAGAAACGCCAGGAGGAGGAGGAAACUGUUAAAAAGGAACGCCAGGGCCGUGUCAAAUAAAGGGCCUCUCCUCCCCCAGAGACUGCAGCAGAGAUUGCAUCUGUCGGAGAAAGGAAAGAAAGAGCAAAAAAAUCCCAGAGAGAAAUUAGGACUUGGUUGGGUUUUGGUUUAUUUUCGGUUUAUUUUUGGCUUAUUUUUCUUCAUUUCAGUGACUUCAAAUGGAGGAGGAAAAAAAAAAAAGAAAAAGAAAAAGGACUGUGACAAACUCGAGGAAAAACGAGAGGAAAGCAUUGGAAUUUCACAAGACAUAGGACUGAAAAAAAGGAAAAAAAAAGGAAAAAAAUACAGAAAAAAAAAAAAGUCCCUUCUAGGUUAUAGAGCAUAGCUGAAACCGUUCCCUUUCCUUUUGGCUUUGGUUGUGAUUUCGGAGCAUACGCUUUGGUUUUUGUCUUUCUACUACGUUUUUUUUUUUUAUUUGAAGGCCCAUAAGGGGCAUUUUUGCCUUUUCCCUCCCCUUCCCCCCCUUUAAUUUUUAACCCCACGCCUCCUCCCCUGGGUUUGACAUUUGCACUUGGAACACCGAGCCGCUGUGCAAAGCGGAGGAACUUUGUUAUCCCCCCCCCUCCCAUCUGGCCUGGAAGAGGAGGAGCAGCCCGAGCACAGGGGGGCUUUGGGGCCUGGGAUCCAGCAGAUGUUGCCCACGAGGUUCUGUCCCAGUGGUUCCUUUUCCUCUGCCCCUUUGGCUGCUCAGAAGCACUCAGAGCCCAAAGCGAUGCUCUGCGCUGCGGCGCUGCGUGGCUCGCGGAUGAGGUUUGUGUUGAUUGGAUUGGAAAGGUGGGGAUGGUGUUGGAAUAAAAAGAAGAAACCAAAAACCUCCCGUUUUUUUUUUGUUUGUUUGUUUACAGGAAAAAGAAAGAAAAAAAAAAUCUUUUUUUUUUGGACAAAAAACAAAAAUAUUGUAAAAUGUGUAGUGAUGAACUUGUUCCUUCAGUUCUUGUUAAGCCAAUGAGGAAUUGGGCGUCGCCUUUCUUUUCACCAUUAAUCACUUCUCAGUAAUAAACGUGAGAUCCUGUUGAGCAUCA